UUUCCAUUUAUAUGUGUUUUCUUCAAUUUCUUUCAUUAAUGUCUUAUGGUUUUCACUGUAGAGAUCUUUCACACACCCCAGUUAAAUUUAUUCCUACGUAUUUUGUUGUUUUGAUGCUUUUUAAAUGGGAUCAUUUUCUUUAUUGCUUUUUUAGAUAAUUAAUUGUUAGUGUGUGGAAAUGCAACUGAUUUUUAAUGUGUUGAUUCUAGGUCCUGCAACUUUAUUGAAUUUAUUAGUUCUAAUACUUUUUUUGGUGGAGCAUACUAGCUAUUUCAUAGAGGAACUCAAGGGUGACAUUCAAAGCACGGAAUGGAUACUAGGCCAAAGAGCAUGGAUGCCAGCUGUAAGCAACUGGUAUAGCCAUUUGGGUGUGGACCAGCUGCAUGCAGCCCUGGAACCGGGUGCUACCCCUCUUAAGAUCCAGAGACCUCAGUCUGGUGUGAGAUGGGGUGGAUGCUGCAGUGGUGGAGGAAGAUGGUAUAAGCAUGUGCUCUAACCCUCCUCACAUUGCCCUGCUCCUGAGAAGUGCUCAGUUCAGUGGUUCUUCAGCUGCCUCCAGAAACUAAGCAGAGCUGUUGACUCCAGUUAAUUCAUUUAAUUGUCCAGAGAGAAUAAAUAAGUAGGCUAGGCAACGAGCGUAGAAAAAUAACAAGGCAGACACAUGCUUGGCCUUGUAGUGCAACAAUUCAAUUUAGUAUUUAUGCAUAUUUUCUACAUGGCAGGUCUCAUGUUAAUCAUUUCACUUGUAUUAUCUCAUUUAAUCCAUACCCAACCCUUUUUUGGCAAGGAUACUAAGGCUCAGGGGAAUAAGUGAUUUGCCCGACAUCAUACAGCUAAUAAGAGGUUAAACUAAUUUAACUUCAAAGCCUGCUGGGGUUACCCCCAUGCUCUAGGGCUGUUUGGGGCUCCCUAGAGGACAGAUUGUUAUCAGCCUGAACCUCCCACUCUCUCUCAGGUGACAGCCUGACCUAUGAGAUCAAGAACAGGAAGAGUGAGGAGGAAGAGGAAGCCCUGGAUGAAUGGAUCGAGGUGAUGGAAAAAGUGUUACCUCUCUCCCUCAUAGCCACCAAAGGAGGCAUCGAGUCUCUCAUUUCCCUUUGCUCUACUCUCAUUGAAGGACAAAGGAAAGGGGCACAAAUGUCCAAACAUACCUUCUGGCAGGACUGGCAGGAACAGAGCCCACAAAAAGCGAUAUCCUGCCCUCAGCCCCUGAGCCCAGAGCAGAUGCUGCAGGACAAGCACACUACCUGCCUAAAGGUCUCCGAGGUGAAGUCCAUGUUACAGGAGCUCCUGGACUCCACCAUGUUCAACCAAGGGGAGGUUAGGGCCAUCAGGUACAUGUCUGCGGUGGUGGAGAACCUCAAUAAGGCCUUGAUCCUCCAGCACAAGGAGAACAGGAGCCUGGAGGCCAAAUACAGGCACCUGAAAAUAGAGAUGACCAAAGAGCUCGGCAGCCAGAAGCUGUACUUCCAGAAGUCCCUCCAGAUCCUCGAGAGUAAGAGAGAUGCCCUGCUAAAGCAGAUAGAAAUUUUAGGGGGCAAGUACCAUGACCUGCUCCUGAUAAAGCAUGCCCUAGAGUUCCAGCUGAAGAAGAUUCAGUCUGCUGGAGGUCAAGCAGAAGACUUAGUCAGGGUCUUGGUUGAGUUCCCAGACGCUGCCAAGAAAGAAGCCUUCCCAAAGAAAGACACAGUCAUGGAGGAGACCCAACAGGAGCCCAAGAAGGAGGAGCAGUCUUCACCACAUUCCCCAAGCCCCAUGGCCAUGGCCUGGGACAGUGGUGCUAUGCCUUCAGCAGAUCAGCCUCUCUCCACCAUGACCGUGGAUUCAAGGAUUGCAGAUGUGUACAGGAGCAAGGACGCUGAAAGUCUUCAGCCUGUGUUGCCAUCCUCCAAGGAUCACAUGUUUCCUAAGAAGUGGGAAAGACUGUCAGCAGAAAGCCCAGGUGACAGAGCCACAGAGCAGAAGGACUUCUCCCAGGAGGUGGCCUGGGAGAAGGAAGGACUCCAAAUUAAGCCCCGUUUUCAGAAGCAGCUGUCCCUAGAGAGGCCGAGGAAGUCGGCCUUGGAGAGUAAGGCAGAGGCCAGGGAAGAGGAGCUCAGCCGGGAGAGGCGGAGGCAGCAGUGGCAGCAGGAGGAGGAGAUGUGGCUGCAGCGGCAGGAAAGGUGGGCCCUGCUAGAGCAGGAGCACGAGGAGAAGCUGCGGCAGUGGGAGGCAGAGGAGGCAGCCAGGGAGCAGCAGCUGAGACUGGACCAGGAGCCCAAGGGCCCGUGGAGGGAGCUGGAGCAGCCAGGAGAGGACACAGAGAGGAUGAUCUUUGUGCCCAUCAGUCGCUGGAGGGACUCGGAGGAUGCAUCUUUGGCGCCUCCCCCAAGCCGGGCGCAAUCUGCUCGCCAAGGCAGGAGGCCACGCGUGCCCAGGUCCCCUAAGACCCAGCAGCCCACCCCCAGAAACCAGAGGUCCAUGAGUUCAGCCGAGUUUACCCAGAAACCACAGGCCCACCGGCUUCCCAUGAAGCCCAAGAAAUCGGCCUCCUUUCCUGUCACGGGUACAUCCCCGCGAAGGGUGACCCAGCCCCCUGUGCAUAUAGCCCCAGUAACUCUGAAGGAGAAGGUAUACCAUAUAGACAUGGAGGCCCAGAGGAGGAAUCUGCAGCUCCUGACCGAGGAGAACAUGCUAGGGCUGCCCCACUACCUGCACAGUAAGGUGCUCGAGCUCACCACCACCACCAUGGAGCUGAAUGCGCUCAAGCUAUGGUGCCUCUGCCACAAGUACAUCUGCUACAGACACUUCCAGAGCCUCCGCCAAGACGUGAUCAACCAUAUACAAGUCGUGCGAGAAGCUGGGGCUUCCUACAAGGCCCAGAACCUCUUCCUCUUCCUGGAAAACGUGGACCACCUGCAGAAACUCCAGCUCCAGAUGUGGACAGACAAGCAGAAGGACCUGGAGGAGAAGCGCCGAGAGUGCCUGAGCAGCAUGGCGACUAUGUUCCCCAAGCUCCAGAAGGAGUGGAACGUUAACCUGCACACCCCUGUGGUCAUCUCCCCGAAGUCAAGGAAGAGCAAGCCGCCUCCAUUCCUACUGCGGCACAGCCAUUCCAGCAGCCCCUUCUGCAGGCGAUCCCAGGAGCUCUUUAAGACCAAACACCAGCCACGUGUGCCCCAGCAGAUGGCCCGCCAGCAGGGGAACCGGAUGGAGGCCAUGUGGAAAAUUGAUGUGGCUGCCUCCAGUUACCCCAUAGAAAAGAAGACCCCCGCCAGCCUGUCCUGGGACCAGCUAGGAGGUUUCCCAGACACUCCCCGCCUGUUGGCACUGGAUGUGCAGUCCUCCUUCCACAAAAGCUUGAUGUCCCUCAAGGCCCGGUCCAUGACUUGGACACCAGUCACAGAGGAUCCCCCAAAUGUUGAGCUUACCCUCUGGGAGUCGACCCACCAAGACAGCCAUGAUCAGUGUCUGGCACACGUCAGGGCUCAGUAAGUCUUCAUUCAGUCAGAGACAUGGACAAAUAUGUAACUGAUAAUGAGUGUCAACACUUAGAAGACAGAAUAAAAGAAGACAGUACAAGUCAGAACCAGGGGUGACCAGGCUGGGGGCGGGGGGGCAAAGACGAGUGCCCUUCUGAGGAGUGAGGACACAGAUGGAACAAACGGAGACAUGAAUCUCCAAAUCUACGUGGUGUGGGCUUAGGAGGCCAUGCCUGUCUAUUGUCUUAAUUCAGAUAAGACAUGGCUUUGGUUGGUUCACACAGCUUACAAGCAGAGUCCCACCCUCACUCUCCCUUGCACUCAGCUGUCUGCCAGUCUCCCAUUGGCCUCUGCCCGCCCCUUCCGCCUUGUCUUACCCGGCUGGGCCAGGCCUAGGGAGCAGGCACAACCAAACGUUAGCUAGGAAAUCACCCUGUCCUCAGAGGACCCACAAUCCAGUGAUCCUCUUUCUUAGGAAUGGCAGCCAUGCUUGCUCCUGGCUUAAGGUUGAAACUUUGGAAGGAGAAGAAUAUGGGAUGCGGGCUUGACCUGAUCUCUGGGCCAGAGCAGGAUUUGAUCUCUGAGCCACAGCUCAGUGUAUCCCAUGGAAGCCUGCUGGAAGGAGGAUGGUGAGAGGCAUUCUUGAUGCAGGUCACACACACUGGACUGCUGGGGCAAGAAUGGGCCAUUUCUAGCCUUUUGGGUCUAUUGUUUUCAGGAGGCCUCACCCACGGUAGCCCUCGUGCUAAAUAUAUUUGUUUAUAAAUAAUUUGAAAAGAUUUUUAUAACUUCGCUUUGGAAAUUAACCGACUAUGAAUAAGUUGUGGGUUUUUUUAAUGUGCAGUGGGCUGUGACUUCUCAGCAAUCAUCACCCAUAGAGAUGAAAUCUAACAAGUUUUGUAAAUAUGAGAACAUUUUGAAUAUUAAAUUUGACAGAAUAAUGAAACUGACAAUAUUAUGGUUUUUGUUGUCGUUCAGUUACUCAGUCGUGUCCGACUCUGUGACCCCAUGGACUACAGCACACCAGACUU